CGAAUCAAGGCCGCUAUGUCACACCAGGAAAGCGAGCUCGAGGACCUCUCUGCGCGUACCAUCACUAAGCAGACGAGCAAUCCCCCUCCUGACGGCGGCUAUGGCUGGGUAUGCGUUGUCUGCACGUUUCUCAUCAACGCACAUACAUGGGGGAUCAACAGCGCCUACGGCGUGAUCCUCGCCCACUAUCUCUCCUCCGACACUUUCCCCGGCACGACAGCUCUCGAAUAUGCAUUCGUUGGCGGUCUGAGUAUUUCUUGCUCCAUGUUCGUCGCUCCCCUCGCCACAUACCUGGGCCGAAAGAUUGGCACCCGCUUCGUUCUCAACACCGGCACGAUCCUCGAGGUUCUGUCCUUGAUCACGACGUCGUUUGUUAAGACCGACUGGCAGCUUUUCCUUGCCCAGGGAGUCUGCUUCGGCCUCGGAAUGGGCUUCUGUUUCAGCGGUUCCAUCGGCAUUAUCUCGCAUUGGUUCUUGCGAAAACGGAGCUUCGUCAAUGGAAUUGCCGCUGCUGGCUCUGGCACGGGUGGAUUGAUCUAUUCGCUCGCUGUUGGGAAGAUGAUUCCGCAGCUGGGAUAUCCAUGGGCAAUGCGAAUCCUCGGUAUCCUGUGCUUCGUGGUCAACGGCAUCUGCUGCAACUUACUACGAUAUCCGCCCGGGGAUCAUUCCUCGGUCACGGUCGCCAAAUCGCCAGAUUCAAUACCGCGCCACUCUCCUUUCUUGACGUUAAAAUUCUUAGCCUUCUUAGCCUGGGCCAUCUUGAGUGUGCUGGGCUAUGUGGGGUUGCUGUUUAGUCUCUCCAGCUACACGGUGGCUGUCGGCUUUACGCAGCAACAGGGCAGCAUCGCGAGUGCGUUACUGAACCUGGGCCAAGCACUCGGUCGUCCCGCUGUCGGAUUGCUGAGCGACCGCCUGGGCCGUACUGAUGUCGCCUUGGUCUCGACAUUUUUUGCUGGGCUUUUUUGCCUUGUGAUUUGGGUCUUCGCCAAGUCGAUUGGGGUGAUCUUCUUCUUCGCCAUCGUGGUCGGGCUGAAUGCUGGGACGAUCUGGGCGAGCGCUGCGCCGUUGGCCGCCGAGGUCGUGGGCCUGCGUGACCUCCAUACGGCGUUGGCCAUUCUGUGGUUUACCCUUGGAGCACCGACUGCCGUUGCGGAAGUGAUAGCUGUGCAACUACGGGACAGCAAGACUGCAGAAAAGCCCUACUUGCGGGCCCAGGUGUUUGUUGGUUUCAUGUACCUUGGAGCAGUAGCCUUUUUGAUCGUGUCCAGGGCUUCUUUGUCAAAAGGAGGUUGCAGACAGCGAGAAACGGAAAGCAAUGUCGAUUGAUGGGUCUUACCUUAUGGACUGAGACGCUUGACCCGCUGUUUGGG